AUGAGGUCCCAGAUUCUAAGACAGUCCCUGGUGAUAAGCGGCCUGGUGAUAUGCAGCAUCACGAACGGCUUUAUCUUCGGCCAGAUGUCCGGCAUGCUGGCCGACCUGCACAUAAACAAGAACAGUACUGGCAUCACGGAUGACGAGAUCUCAUGGAUAGCUUCAUCCAUCAACGUCACCAGCGUCUGCGGUUUCGCCUUUGCCGCCUGCUUGACCGAGAAGGUUGGCAGACGCAGGGCCUUCACCGGCCUCGCCCUGCCGAUAGUGGCAAACUGGAUUCUGCUGUACUACGCCGACGGGUUCCCCCUCCUAAUGAUCUCCAGGAUCAUAGUCGGCGUGUGCUUCGGCGGGGUGCUGCUCAUGAACAUAAUAUCCACCGGCGAAUACACUUCACCGAACAACAGAGCGUUCUAUCUGAACAUGAUCACAUCCGUCGGGCCUGCGGUGGGAACCGCCUUGGGGCACGUGUUCGGCCUCCUCUACCAUUGGAGAAUAGUCUCUCUGAUCGGUAUAAUUCCAACUGCUUUAGGGGCGCUAUUGCCUUGCUUCUGGGUUGAGAGCCCCUCGUGGCUCGCGUCCAAGGGAAAGUUCGAGGAGUGCGACAAGGCGUUCAGGUCGCUCCACGGCCACCGUCCAGGCGCCGAGGUGGAGCUGCAGCUUCUAACCGAGCUGGAGAAGUGCAAGCUCAGGAAGAUGAAGGAGAUUGACUCCAACACGGGCGUGAACAAGCUGCUGACUGCGGCGAAGAGAAAAUACUUCUGGCACCUCCUUCUACUGAGCUGCGUCAUCAACGUUUACGUCGUGGCGGCCGGGAAACUUCUCUUCAGCACGUUGGCAAUAACGAUGCUCCAAGAAAUAACCGGCAGCCCUGAUAUUCUGCUCUUCACUCUGAUAGUAGACGGCUUUUCAAUUCUGGGAUCUUGUCUUUCGUGUGUACUGAUAAAAAGGGUCAGCAUGAGGGGCCUCCUGUUCUCCACCGGGAUAGUGGCAAAUAUCCUGCUGAUAAUUUUGAGCGCCUGUUUGUACUUUAAGCCGGAGAAGGAUUUAUACUUCCCCUGGAUAAAUUCUAUCCUUCUCGGUUUGUACUUCAUCGUGGUGAACGCCGGCCCGUACCCGGUGUUGGAAGCGCUGAUGGGCGAGAUAUUCCCCUUGGAGCUAAAAGCCUACUGCUUUUUCCUCUCCGGCAUCGUUCUGGGUCUCCUUCUGUUCCUCAGCCUCAAGACCGCGUCGUUCCUCUUCGCCACGAUAGGCUACCACGGCGUGUUCCUGCUGAACACUGGUGUCAUGUCCAUCUGCCUGCUCUACGUCUGGAUCAGGCUGCCGGAGACCAAAGGCAGGACCAUGCAGGAAAUAGAGAUGUACUUCAAGAACAACAAGUUCGACAAAGUGGAGGACCUAAUAAACGGUGAACAAAUCAAAAUACUGAUA